AUGGCGCUGCCCAGCUCGGACACCGAGCUGCUGGAAGCACCGCAGGGCAGCCACAGCACGCUUGGCACGCCCUUCCCGCGCCGCUUGGCGAUGGUGCUGGGCGGGAUAAGCCUGGUAGCUCUGGCACUGCUGUCACAGAGAAGCCCUCGUGGACUUCGCAGUAAGAUGAGUGGCUUUGUCGGACUGGCUGACAGCUGCUUAGAGAAGGGCAUGUUCUAUGCCAACCCGCAUAAGAUGGAGAAUACGGAAAAGACCGUGGAGACCACGGCGGAAAGUUGCCAGCAACGGUGCGUCAACACGCCAGCUUGCGAGCACUUCACUUUCUGGCCUGACGGUGGAUGCCUGCUGACUGAUGCAUCGUCUACUGCCAAGGCUGCUCCUUAUCAGUAUUCCGACAUCGUUUCCGGGCCAGCUUCUUGCGAGGAUUCGCUCUCGCCUUCAUCAGAGACACAGACAGCCACUGACACCUUUGGCAAAACAGUUCAGACCCUUGUUGCUGCUGCGCCUGGCGUGAACGGCAGCAGCUGCUCCGCCUAUCCUGCCUGUGUGGCUGCGGGGAUUAAGGAAGGAAGCUGCUGCCCAAAUGACGCGAAGGUGUCCCUUGGCUGCUGCAACGGCUUUCCGCCAAAAGUGGCGGAGCUCAAGAUCGCUGCUGGUACAGCCUGCAUUGAUUUCCCUGCAUGUGCCAGGAUGAACAUUACGGGCGCAUGCUGCCCUGCUUCGGAUGGUGUUCGGCUGUCCUGCUGUGACAAGAUGACCUCUGUGUAG